AUGGAGCGUGACACUGCGAAACCAGCUCUGACAGUCGGACUGCCACCAAAAACCGGUCCGGCAGGUGGGAAUCUGGUGCACUCGGCACGCCCGCGUCUCAGUGAGCAACAGGAGAAUGAAAGUCUGAGAGAAUGCUGGUUUUCUGGGAAAUACAACCCAACCUGCACCGUCUGCUCUCUGAUGGCGAGUCCUGACCGGAAAGAUCCCCCUCCUUCCUACGUUGUCACCGUGCAGACCAAGCCCCCCUUCAGGACCUACGAUGAGGUGGUGCCGGGCAGGGGGGAACUCGGCCAGACGCCCUGCGCCUAUCCACAGUACAUCCGUCAGUAUAAGCCCCCGGUGGUCCUCAACCAAGGCCCGCUGCCAAGCAAACCCGACAGCACAAAGAAGAAGAAAUACUGCGCUUGUUGCGGCAAGCGUUUCACAGCGGGAGCGGGAUUUUUACUGGUGCUCGGGCUGCUGGCGUUGUCCAUCUGGCUCGGAGUGCGUUACGGCACCAGCUUGCCACAAGACGAUGUCAAACCGAGCAAGCAGAACGACGGGGAAGAUAAAAAUGAAAAUCUGUCCCUGCCAAACGACGACACCUGCUCCAACAACACCGUCUCCUGUGAUGGGAUCAAGGACUGCCAGCUGGGAUCUGACGAAAGCAACUGUGUGAGGUUUGGCAAGGACAACAGCCUGCAGGUCAAGACGUCACAGGACCGCCGCUUCUUACCCGUGUGCUACAAGGACUGGAACAAGGACCACGCCGACCGGACCUGCGCUGGACUGGGAUUCAGACGGUCCUUCGUCACCAAACCAAUUCCAUCCCAGAAGUCCGCUGGUUUAAGCUUGACCGGCAGCUCAUCUUCUUCCCUUCUCCAGGGUCAGGUUAACAAAAGCUCAUCUUGUCCCAACCAGCAGACCGUCUCCCUGCAGUGUGUGGAUUGCGGCCGGCAGGCGUCUACAUCCCGGAUUAUUGGGGGCGCCCCAGCCAAGGUGGGUGAGUGGCCUUGGCAGAUGUCGCUGCACUACAAAGAAUCGCACACCUGCGGAGGAGUCCUGAUCUCACAUGACUUUGUGCUGACCGCUGCCCACUGCUUCCCAAGAAACAGACCGGCUGCUCUCCUGGAGAAGAACUGGAAGGUGUACGGUGGACUCGUGUCUCUGGACGCGCGACUUGAACCCUACCUGGUCGAGAGGAUCGUCGUCAACGAGAACUACGACAGCAACACUAACGACCAGGACGUCGCUCUGCUCAAACUCAAAUCUCCAGUUAGUUUCAACGCUAAAGUCCUGCCGGCGUGUCUGCCGGCUGCUUUCCAGGAAGCUCCCCACGGAGCCGAAUGCUGGACCUCAGGUUUCGGCACCACGGAGUUCGGAUCAGGCGUCGUCUCCAGAGACCUGAUGGAAGUGAGCGUGGAUAUCAUCAGCACGCGUGUGUGUAACGGCCCCACCGUGUACGGAGGCGCCGUGACCAAACACAUGUUGUGUGCCGGCGACCUGAGGGGAGGCAAAGACUCCUGCCAGGGCGACAGCGGCGGCCCUCUGGUGUGUAGCUCACUGAACCGUUGGUACCUGAUGGGCAUCACCAGCUGGGGGGCCGGCUGCGGUGGAAGAAACAAGCCUGGCGUCUACACCAAAGUCAACAGUGUUCUGCCGUGGAUCUACAGCAAUAUGCAGAAUCAGAUGGCGUGACGUCCCCUUCGUCUCCUCGCUGGCGGUCCACCUCGCCACCCUCCACUUAACGUUGCACUAUGAAAGAUGAGACAUGGAAGGAUUUACAUGUAAAAAAAAUUAAUUGAUGAUAUAGAAAGGAGAUUUAGGGGCUCAGCGGGAUACAUUGCACAACAUGAACACGGGGGACUCUGCAUCCUCUAUUCUCUCCAUCCCCGUGAUGUGUGUCACCUGAACCUGAUUUUUGACACACAACAAUCAAUACACUGAUUUCCAGUCUUCGCAUUUUUUAUUUCUUUUCAUUUCUUCCGCCUCUCGGUGUCACAGCCAUAUACAGUAUACCUGUGUUUACCUUCUUCUUACGCAGGCUUUAACAGACGGCUGGCCCUUCUCGUGUGUGUGUGUGUGUUAUGUGCCAAUGAAACACAGUCCGCUCUAUAACGUGAUCCUUUUUGGUUCGUUUUUUGAAAAUGAUAAUCCAUAAAAAAAGAUAUAUAAUUGAAAUAGUAAUAUAGGUGUGUGUGGUGAGGUGGGUUUUCCCUCAGCGACGCAUCUGAGGCUAUAUCCUGACUAUUGUAACUUCUAUUAAAAUAAAAAAUGGACACUUUAUAUUCACUUUGUGAUGGGGAAAGCAACCAAGUACGACCCUUGUCCCUCUUAUUGAGCCAUGGGACUCUGCCCGUGCAACUCAACCUCGCCUUCUACUCACACUGUGAAGUUUCUUCAGAAAUUGGUAUUGUAUAUCAAAGUGUGUGUGUCGUAUUUAUGUGUCGUUUACCAUAUAUUUUUUAAUGUUUUCUAAUGUGUGGGAUAUACUUGAGUAUUUAUCUCAUAAAAUAAAGUUGAAGGAACAUUA